AUGGCAGCGUUUGCCGAGCUCGGGGUCAUGGGAGAGAUUAUCCGAUCCAUCGACGAGGAAGGGUGGCAACUGCCAACACCAAUUCAGCAAGAAGCGAUCCCCCUGAUUCUCGGAGGAGGGGACGUGUUAGGUGCAGCGGAGACUGGAACUGGGAAAACAGGAGCUUUUGGAAUACCCAUCUUACAGCUUGUUCACGAGAAUCUCCAAAAUCAAGCCUCAAGCGAUACCAAGACACAUGGUGCAGGUCAGCAGAAGGCUGCAAGUGAGUUCAAGGCAGCGAUGAGUGCAGAAGGUCUAGUCUGUGUGGGCAGCAGCAAGUCUGGUUGGUGUGGAGGAAGGGCAAACAUUGCGGUCAAGAAAGGAAAAUACAUGUAUGAAGUUGAAGUCCAAAGCCCUGGAUUGGCUCGUGUUGGGUUCUCAACAAUGGCUGCAAACCGAGAUCUCGGAAAGUGUGCCAACGGAUUCGGAUAUGGGGGAACAGGGAAACGAGUGAACAACAACAAAUUUGAAGACUUUGGACUUCCGUUCGGAGAUGGAGAUGUCGUCGGGUGCUGCAUCGACAUGGCCGGAGGAGACGUUGCUUUCUUCAAGAAUGGGGAGGAUCUUGGAGUUGCCUUUUCUCUGCCCCCACACCUUAGAGGAAAGGCUCUCUACCCAACCGUCUGCCUCAAGGACUGUCAAGUCCGCCUCAACCUCGGAUCAGCUGCCUUCCGCUUCCCAGUUGGAGGCCUGCAGGGAAUCUGUCAGGCUCCAGCUGAAGACACAGUGAAAGUGGCAGGGGAACAGUCGUCGGAUGUCUCCGGAUCGACGCCCCUCGCUGUCAUCCUGGAGCCAGCUCGGGACCUUGCUGAGCAGACCUUCAACUGCAUGAUGGACUAUAGCAAGUACAUGGUCGACCCCAAGAUUCACUGCCUGCUGUCGGUGGGAGGGACGGAGAUCCGCGAUCAAGCCAAGGCCCUCAAGGACGGAGUGCACGUGGUGGUGGGGACUCCGGGAAGGAUAGAGGAUCUGAUGAAGACCGGGAAAUUGAGCUGCCAAAGGAUUAGGCACUUCGUGCUGGACGAGGCUGACAGAUUGUUGGAGACAGGAAAUCUCCCUACCAUCAUGAGCAUCUUCUCUAGAUUGAACAAGGACCGGGCAGGAGAAAAUCGCCUGCAGACUCUGAUGUUCUCGGCUACUCUGCAUUCGGCUGAGAUCAAGUCCCUGGCUGCCAAGAUCUGUCAAUAUCCCAUCUGGGUGGACCUGAAGGGGAAGGACUCAGUGCCGGAGAGUGUAUAUCACCUCGUCUACGACAUCGACCCGACCCGCGACACCUCCUGGGGGAAGAACGACAAGUACCCUACCGAUGAGGUCCACCUUGCUGAGCUGAGAAAAGGAACGAUUGACAGGGGGCCGAUCGAGAUCGAUUCUGACAUGCGUGCAGGGAUGAUAAACCCGUCCAACCCGCAUCCCCUGAGCAGGUCAGAGGGAAUCAAACGCCUCAAGCUUGCAGCCUUGGUGAAACUCGUGGACAAUCUCAAGGCGAGUCUGGUGGUGGUGGUGGUGGUGGUGGUGGUAGGGAAGGAGACAACAAUGAUGGAUCAUUGCCUCAUCUUCUGCAGAACAAACUUCGAUUGUGACAACUUGGAGAGACACCUCGUCUCCCUGGGAGGAGGUAGAAAGUUCCACGGGAAAGCUGAGAAGGGAAAGGAGAACCCGUAUUCCUGUGUGGUGUUGGCUGGGUGGAGAUCAGUGGAGGAGAGGAGACAGAACUUGCAAGCAUUCAAGGAUGGAGACGUUCGAUUUCUGAUUGCUACAGAUGUCGCUGCCAGAGGCAUCGAUAUAUCCGGACUGCCGUACGUGGUGAACAUGACGCUGCCUGAUGUUGCUGCAAACUACAUUCAUCGUAUUGGGCGAGUUGGUCGUGCAGACAAGAUGGGAUUGGCGAUCUCCUUUGUUGCGACCGAGAAAGAACGUGUGUGGUUCUGCCAGAAGAACGUGAAGGGACGAGGGCCAGGAGGAAGAGCUCCUCCUUGCGAUGACACGAGGGACUACGAGGUGGGAGGGAACUGCAUCUGGUACGACGAGCCGGCGAUCUUGAGGGAAAUCGAAGUUUUGCUAGGGAAAAGUAUCGAGAAGAUGCCGGUGGACAUGAAGUUGAAUCCUGCGCUACUGCAAAUCAAGUUUGGAGAGAGCAAGGACGACGGAACUACACAGAGAGUCUCAGCGCAUCUCGAUCAGCUCCGGCCGGUCAUCCAGAAGUUGACGGCGGUGGAGUCGACAGUCCAGAGCUCUUUCUUGAAGCUUCGCGCUCGGUUCAACAAGGCUAGGGACAAGUGAAGAUAAUGUAUCUAGGUCGAUCGUGCAAGAUGAGAAUUUUACAGCACGCUCGAGCUC